CUUUGAGCUGAGCAGAGCCUGAGCUGGCCUGACCCUGGGCUCCUCCUGCUGAGACCUGGACAGAGCCUUCUCCUGGGCACAGCGGGACACACGCCACUCCCCGGGCGUCUGCGAGACGCGCAAGAACCGGGGCGGAGGUGAACUCUAACUCAGCGCUUCACUGCAGCUCCAGCCCAAGCCUGCUGAAGGAACGGGAGGCGGACGGUGGGGAGGAGGCAGAGGAAAGAGCUCAUUUGACAUUUUAAUUGCAGAUGUGACUUUUAUUGCCAAUACUAAAUAGCACUUGGGUCCUUCGGGUCACAGGUUCUCCUCUUCUCCACCUUCCUCCACACGCAGUUUCUCAAGCUGGAUGAAGAAGGGACUGGGAUUCCACCCAGGAGAAGGAGAGAACAUAUUCCGGAUUGCUCCUCAUAGCAGGCAGAAUAAAGGAGCAGAUAGAUCAGUUUACUGUGUGCAGCCAGUGUCAGCUUCUGCCUGGCCAUUAGACAGGAGGAUGGUAAGCCACAGAGCACAGUGAUAUAAAGGGUGUGUGUGUGUAGGAACCCAGGGGUGCUCCUGCAGGUGGGGAGUGCGUUGCUUUUUCUUCGUCUUCUUUUUCUUCUCACCAUCAUAGUUUUCAAAUAAAUUGAGCCAACUUUUGCUAGUAAUCUUUUUAGAAGAAGCAGGUCUGUGAGAGUUGGGGGCUGGGCAGGUGCUUUCUUCCUGCCUGGAUCUAAUACUAGGAGAGAGAGAACAGGGACGUGGGAAAAGGAGUAGAAUAGCUCUAGACUGCUGGGACUCCCUCAGCCAAGAUGUUCAGCUGGCUUGGUCAUGAUGACCGAAGAAGGAAGGACCCGGAGGUGUUCCAGACUGUGAGUGAGGGGCUCAAAAAACUCUACAAGACCAAGCUGCUUCCCUUGGAAGAGUAUUACAGGUUUCAUGAGUUUCACUCCCCGGCCCUGGAAGAUGCUGACUUUGACAAUAAGCCCAUGGUCCUCCUCGUGGGGCAAUAUUCCACCGGGAAAACAACCUUCAUCAGGUACUUACUGGAACAGGACUUCCCAGGCAUGAGAAUUGGGCCAGAGCCCACUACUGACUCCUUCAUUGCGGUGAUGCAGGGAGAUGUGGAAGGAAUCAUUCCAGGAAACGCACUGGUGGUAGAUCCGAAGAAGCCCUUCCGGAAACUCAAUGCUUUUGGGAAUGCCUUCUUGAACAGAUUCGUGUGUGCCCAGUUGCCCAACCCAGUCCUGGAAAGCAUCAGUGUCAUUGACACCCCUGGGAUUCUGUCUGGGGAGAAACAAAGAAUUAGCCGAGGCUAUGACUUUGCUGCUGUCCUGGAGUGGUUUGCAGAGCGUGUGGAUCGUAUCAUCCUGCUCUUUGAUGCCCACAAAUUGGACAUCUCUGAUGAGUUCUCAGAGGUCAUCAAGGCCCUGAAGAACCACGAAGACAAGAUGCGAGUGGUGUUGAACAAGGCUGACCAGAUUGAGACCCAGCAGCUAAUGAGAGUCUAUGGAGCCCUCAUGUGGUCUCUGGGAAAGAUCGUCAAUACCCCUGAGGUCAUCCGGGUCUAUAUAGGCUCAUUUUGGUCCCACCCCCUACUCAUCCCAGACAACCGCAAGCUCUUUGAGGCUGAAGAGCAAGACCUCUUCCGAGACAUCCAGAGUCUACCUAGGAAUGCAGCCCUUCGGAAGCUCAAUGACCUCAUUAAGAGGGCACGGCUGGCCAAGGUCCAUGCCUAUAUCAUUAGCUCUCUAAAGAAGGAGAUGCCAUCUGUGUUUGGGAAGGACAACAAGAAGAAGGAGCUCGUGAACAACUUGGGAGAGAUUUAUGGAAGGAUUGAGAGGGAGCACCAGAUCUCACCUGGGGACUUCCCCAACCUGAAGAAAAUGCAGGACCAACUACAGGCCCAAGACUUUUCCAAAUUCCAGCCCCUGAAGAACAAGCUGCUGGAAGUGGUCGAGGACAUGUUAGCUCAUGACAUCGCCCAGCUUAUGGUGCUGGUGCGUCAGGAAGAGACACAGCGGCCGGUCCAGAUGGUGAAGGGAGGGGCUUUUGAGGGGACCCUCCAUGGGCCCUUUGGACAUGGCUAUGGGGAAGGAGCUGGUGAGGGCAUUGAUGAUGCUGAAUGGGUGGUAGCCAGGGACAAGCCUAUGUAUGAUGAGAUCUUCUAUACCCUGUCCCCAGUUGAUGGCAAAAUCACAGGUGCCAAUGCUAAGAAGGAGAUGGUGCGUUCCAAGUUGCCCAACACUGUGCUGGGCAAGAUCUGGAAGCUGGCAGACAUUGACAAGGAUGGAAUGCUGGAUGAUGAGGAGUUUGCCCUGGCUAACCACCUCAUCAAGGUCAAGUUGGAAGGGCAUGAGCUGCCCAAUGAGCUGCCUUCUCACCUCUUGCCCCCUUCCAAGAGGAAAAUGGCAGAAUGAUAACGGAUUUUCUGAAUCAAGCAUGACCUGGAGUGAAAGAUAAGAAAUGUAACAAGAUAAAAACACACACCCAUACACAUAUAGGUUUAAAAAACUACACCUUUAAAUAAGGAUGACCACUUUUAUCAAGAUAGCUAGAAUUUGACUGGUUUUGACAUGUGAAUGGGCCCCCAGUGUUGGUAGGAACCCAUCCAGAGUACCCAGGUAGGUAAUUCAGGGACCUCUAACCCUAUAACUCAAAAUAGGUUUCCUGAUGCUUCUUUCUUUUCUCUUUGACCUCAAGUCCCUUCUGCCUCCAUUACCCUAAGAUUUCUUACUUCAAUAGAAGUAGUCACCCUAAUUUAAAGGUGCAGUCACCCGGAGGUGGUAUUCCAAUUCUUGGCUGAUUUCUGUUAUUCCCAACCAAGAAUCUAAGUAGACAAAAAAGGUAUUUAUCAUAAUAGGCAAUUAACUUCUUUCCUGUGUAUUUUUUAUUUGGCUUCCUAAUAUGAAAUUUGUCUAGGCAGAGUAGGAAACAUAAGAAAACAGAGAAAAACAAACAAUAUCCUUCAAGCUUUUGUUUUCUAGGUUGAAGGAAGAAGCCAAUACAUUAACCUUAUACACACACACACACACACACACACACACACACACACACACCAUGCUAAUUUACUAGAGGCCUUGUUCGGCUGAUCUGGCUGUGGACUCAUUUAAUUAAUCGUGUUUAGAGAGAUCCCAGAGAAAGGGGAUUAAAAAGAUGAAAAGAAAACCAAAGCUAACCAUCAGAAUUCACCUGCUGAUCUUCAAAGGCAAAGGAAUUAUUGAGAACCAGUAUAGGAACAUUAAAUACACAUGUAGUAUACACUCUUGAAAGCUCUGAAGUUCAGGUAUCUAGAACCUAGCUGGGUGAAGAAGACCAGGUGUAGGAUUAUUUCCUUUUCUCUCUGAUCCUAAAGCAUGAAGACACUUUGUAAGGACAGCUUACCUUCCUUAUAACCUGCCUCCUGCUCAUGUUACCUGACCAAGGAGCAGAAGGUGGACAGUCACUAUGUCCAUCUGCUAAGUGGAAUUAGAGAACCUAAGUGCUCUACAAGAUUGAGACUUCUCUAGGACCCACAUUAUGGAAACUCAGCAGAGCUACUGGCAGGAGUGGGUCGGACAAACUGAUUACCAUUCCAUAUUCUUAUGUUCUUUUCUCCUUGUCUCCACUGACUCUUUUAACUGCAUUCAGAUCAUAUCCCUUUUACAGUAUGGCCACCCAUUCACUGUCAGAAAAUCCUUCCAUCAUGAGUUCCCAUCCUGCUGGGGUUCUCAGUGACAGCUCUCCAUCCCCCUCAGCAUCCCUUCACGCAUCCGCGUUGCCUGUCUCCCUCCUCCAGUUUGUUGAUUUUGUCAUAUGAGCAUCACAUUGUUCCUUCGCAUACUGUGUUCAUAUCAUGACAUAUCGUGACAAAUCCCAGAUGUGUCUAAUUUAUUUUAUGUCUUUGUUCCUAUUCUAUAGAGAAAUAUUACAUGUAUCUAUUACACAUUUAUUCUUACACUGCAUAUUGUCAGCCACCCACAUAUUAACACAAUGCUUCAUCCUUUGGUACCCUUGGUCAUUGAAAUGGGAGAAUGUGGGAAUGGUGAAGUAGAAAGACUGGAGCUCUUUGAAGGCAUUCUUGUAAAAAAGAAGCUCACAUGAUUCUGCCCUGAAGUCUACAGAAAAAUAGACUGAAGCCUGAUUGCUUUGGGGAUAUCUGCUUCAGAAAGUUCCAGCAGCUCAUCCUGGACCAAGUUGACAAAAGCCACAAAUGGAAUACUCAUAUGUUCCCACAUUUGAAGAGCAAAGAAAGUCUUCAAAGUUGGAGAUUUCCUUCUGUAUCAUCUAAUUCCUUUUUUAGGAUGAAACAAAAGGGAAGGUUCCCUUUUCAUGGAGUUCAUUUCAUAAGCAAGGAAAGCAGAGUCCAAUAAGACCAAGUACCAAACUUCCGGCCCCUGAGGUUUAAUGUCCUGGCUCUGCCAUGUCUGUGUGGCAUCAAGCAAAUGAAUUAACCUUCUUGGGCUUCAUAUUCCUUGUACAAAAUGAAAAGGUUGGACUAGACCAGAAAUGUCAAGUGUGCAUUGUGACUAGCCAUAUUCUGCCCAAACCAAAUUAAAGUAUAAAUGAUAGUUAACAAAAUAAAUUUUAAAAUACAAUAGAACAUAGAUAACGUUAAUAUAUAGUAUUCUUAGUCAGUGUGUGGCCCACUGGAUCCUUUGGUAGCCCCUACUUGAUACCACUGGAGCAAAAAAAAUCUCAAAGUUGACUUUCCACUCUAAAUCUAGGCUUCUUUGGAAAAUGGAGUAGGUCACCAGAAGUCAAAUCCAUAGGAAACAGUUAAUGUCGUUUAACAAAAGGCACUGGAUUUGGGAUCUGGAGACCCAGGAUCAAAUCUUGACUCUGCUCUUAAAAUAGCUGGGUGUCUUUGGUCAAGUCUUCAACUUUAGGGCUCCAGUUUCCUCAUCUGCAAAAUGAAGGAAGUGGAAAUAAUUGGUCUUUAGGAGGAAUGGGAAAGAGAAAAGAGUAUCUUUUCAAAGAAUAAAGAGGAAAUCUGUGAACUUUUGCCCCCCUCAUUCUCAGAUACAUUAAACUUUGAUGGCAUCUAUCCUCAUUCCCCUUCGAAUUUUGUUAUUGUUGAGUUUUUUGGUUUUUUUUCCCUUUACCCUCCCCUUCAAAAGAGCCUUCCUGAGGAUCCUGGAGGAAAACAUGAAUCCACUCUUUUGUUUGUCUGUUUUGUUGUUGUUCUGCUUUGGAAUUAAAGCAAAUUUUAAAAAUGCAUGUGGUGAAAAAGCAGCUGGAGACCCUCAGGAUAGGUUAAGAGUCAGAUAAUUCUCUGGGUGGGAGCUCUUCCCUUUGGGAGGAUGCAGUAUCACGUGAGUUAUUUGUAUGCAGAAACUGACUCAGCCUGAAGAAAACACCAGACUAGAUGUAUAACAAGACCUUCUAGAAGAAAGUCCUUGAAAGCCCGGUUCCAUAGCUCCCCCAGAUUGCUCCAUAGGAUGGCCAAACAUUGACAUCCCUUCAGUACUCACACAUUCAGAGUCAAUUUUGAGCACAAAUUCUAAUUAAAUAAAAUCUGAUUAAAUAAG